GGUUCCACACAAAUAUUUCCUGACGGCGCCGCAACAUCUCAAAUUUUCAAUCUGCUACGGUUUUAGAAAUGCACGAUGCCAAAUAAUUUGGAUGGUGAUAUCGUUAACCGAAGGUGUUUAAGACAGAGAUGUGCAUACUGUACAAUUUAAAGUUGGAUCAGAAUGUCUGCAGAAGAUGAUCUGGAUAACUUUAUACAGGAACAGAAAAGGAAGAUUGCGAGAGAAAGAGAAGAUCUACAACAUUUAAAUGGAAAACAGAUACAAGCAAACGGAUAUCAGAAUGGAGGUAUAAAUCGAGAGAAGAAGCCAUCUCCAAACUCUCCUACCAACCAACGGAGGGGAGAUAAAUCAGGAGAAGUUGGUCUUCCUGUAGGCAACUACAUUACAACUAAAGAGAAGUUACAGAAGGAGAGACAGGAAGAAUACCAGAAAUUCAUCCAAGAGAAAACUAACCGGUCAUCAUCCAAGAGAACAACUGUGGAAGGUGAUGGUAUGUCGCUGCCAAUAGGAGAGAGGCUUUCUGCUCAGGACAGAGCGCGUGUGCAACGGAACAAAGAAUACAAUGAGUUCCUGAAGCAGAAGGGCGGUCCUAACAGAAGGAAGGGUCAGGACCAAGAGCCAGCACUUUCUAAUGGGGUUGGCCAGCAUCAGGCACCCUCGGGUCCUCCCAAUGGCUACAGACCUCAGCAAGCUCCCAAUGGCUACGGCCAGCAUCAGCAGGCCAACGACUCCUACAAUGCACAGAGAAUACAGAGAGAGGCUUCGUCCCAAACCCCCGUACCCAGGGGCUAUGAUGAUUUACCCCCAAGGCCUCCAAGGAAAGGAUGGGGCACUCCACAGCCGAUUGAUUACGACGAUUUGCUGAGGAGAAAAAGAGAGGAGGAAACGAGAUACAGGCGAUACGAUGAUGUUGAUUUCUACCGGCCUCGACUCAAGCCAGCUCACAGUGAUCCCUAUCUGAAUCGAUAUGAUGACGAUGGGAGACGGUCUACCCGCCCGGAGUACUAUGAUGACUAUGAUAGAAGGAGAGUCCGUUUCAGCGAUGAGGUACCUCCUGCUGCUGCCAGGGAAGGACCGCCUUAUUCUGACAGGUCAGCAAGGCCACGACAAAGAGAAAGUCUUGAAGAGCCAAUUCUAUAUGACUGGAGUCAAAGCAAAGGGGGCAGGAGUCGAACAUUUACAGAUGGAGAAAGGCCUAAACCGGCAAUAAAACAACAGGAGGAUCCAGAAAGACAACCACGUGCCAAAUCUGCAUCACUAGCAGAGGACACUGGACUACCCCUCGGGCAGCGUGAUACCGGAAGUGCAACUCGUAGAAAGAAAGAACAAUAUAGGAAAGAGCUUGAACGCCAGAUGGAGGAGGCAAAGGCAGCAAAACAGAGAGAGAAGGCACUGGAUAGAAGCCCUGGAUUCGUUGGGUCUAAUAAGCCACCUGCUGCCCCACAGCAGCAACCUCCUCCUCAGGGGUACACGCCAUCGUUCCAUCAGCAACAGCAGGAGUAUGGCAACAGACCUCAACCUGUAUCAGCUACGCCUUAUCCUGGUCCACAAUAUGGUGUCCAAGAUCUACAGGGACCUGGAUUCAAUGCUGGUUCAAGGGCCUACUCCCAGGUACGACCACCCAGUGAACCUCUCGGCGAUCUAGGGCUCAGAGAAGCUUUGGCCAGAUCUCAACCUGAACGCUUAGAUAGACCAUUUUCACUGAAUUAUCCUCAGCCGUCCACACUAAACCAGCCUAGCACCAACACAGACCCAUAUAUGUAUUAUGGUUUGAGGAAUCCCCUGGAACCAGACCCUAAUCCAACUUAUGGUUCUUUUGGGAAUCCUGGGUCUGCAGGCCAACGAUCUUCUAUAAAACUGGUCAAUCCCUCACAAAAUACUGGAAGGCCAAGUCAGGUCAACCCAGGUCAGGUCAACCAAGAUCGGGUCAGAUUUUCAGAGAAUCAACCAGCAGUAAUUCCAAAUACCGGUUUCAAUCCUAGGCAACAGAACGAGAUGCAGAACACAUUCCAGAGACUUGUAAAGGAAUAUAAAGUCAAUCCAUCAGCAGCUGCUGCAUCAUUUCAAGCCAUACCCCCGACGCAGCAAGACAACCUGCUUCAGUUUCUCCAGGCUUAUUCAUCGUACCUGAAAUACGACUCGGCUUCCAACAUCAGCGAACCACUGUUUGGACUUCAAGCCUUCCGUGAUAGAGUGAAAGCGGAUACCAUUCAAGACAUGGCCUCGGCCUAUGAAAUCUUUAGAGAUUAUCUUGGAAAGACGCAACAGCAAGGAGGCCGAAGCGGACCCAACCAGCUUAACCAGCAGUUGAAUAACCCUGUGGUAUCUAAACAAGCUGCAGCACAGUUUCGUGGAGAAAGUGCUAUCAAGAACUUUGUUGGGGAUAGCAACCUCAGCCCCCGGUCCCAGGCAAACACUUCAAGCUACAGAGAACAACUACUUCUCCAGAUGAAAGAAAAAGAAGCCAAGAAGAACGCAGAUAUCGCAGCACGAGCCGCUUAUGAAGCGAAACAAGAGAAGGAGAUAGAAAUCUAUGACCCUUGGGGGAAAGGAGGGGGUGGAGCUCCGAUGAGAGAUAAGCAAGGCAAGAUUGUUGCUGACCUGAAACAGUUGCAUAAUCGAAAUGAGACUAUUCUGAAUGACCCUAACCGCAAGGAUCUUCAGCUGUAUGCAGGAUCAGCCAAUGCCCCUCCCACUAAUCCAGCUGCAGCUCAAGGCCCUGGUCAGGAGGUAUCCCCACUCCUAGCAGCAGCUGCAUCAGCUGGAGUAGGGUCAGGACCAGCUCCUGGACCUACAUAUGGUAAGAUCAAAGGCUCGAUCACAGGGCCAACUUCAGAUCCAGUAGCAGAUUCUAAUAGGAACGAAUAUCAGGACCAGUUGAGACAACAGGUUGAAGAAAAGAAGAGGAGAGAGUUGGAAGAGAAGGAGAAGAUAAGACUGGAAGAAGAAAAAGAAGAGAGAAGGCUCGCAGCACAGAGAGAGCGCAUCCAGAGGGAAUAUGACGCAGAGUUAGAGAGAAAGAAACAGAAAGAAGAAGUGCAAAGAAAACAGAAGGAGGAUUUGGAGAAACAGCUAGAGGAUAAGAGAAAAGAAUCAGAGGCAAAGAAGAAGGAAGCCAACGAGAAAAGAAGGAGAGAAGCGGAAGAGAAACUCAGACAUAGAGAUAUAAAUCAUAAUGUUAAUAACCUUUCGUUACCAAGAGGAUCAUCCCCACCAAUCCCAGCACUUAGAACCAAGGAACCAGAGUUACAGAGAAUAUCGUCUCCACCCAUCCCAACUCAUCAAAAGAAAGAAGACAGAGAAACGAAGAGGCAACCUCCAGAGCCAGCCAGAAGGAGUACACAGUCCCCACCCGUUCCUACUCUACAAAAGAAAGAGAAAAAGGUUGUUGAUCCAGACUCAAAGGAGAACGGGGAUAGGACUGAUAGGUCUGAAAGGAGAGGCUCUCGCAGACAGUCCCUUGCACCCGAACAGGGUGACGGUGAUCUUCAGAAAACCCCUCGGAAGGGACCAUCACGAAACGAAGAGGGGGAAAGAACGAAACGAUCACGUAGACCUCGUAAAGGACCGCCUCCCGAGGACGAUGUUGAUGAGAAUGAUGAGGGAGAGAUAUCCCCAGAUAAGACCGGUCUGGAGGAAGAAGGAGCGCAAACAAAGAGGUCCCGCAGACCUCGUAAAGAACGCCCUCCUGGCGAUGAUGCUGAUGAUGGGGAAAUUUCCCCAGCUAAAACAGACAGGACAAGACGAUCACGCAGGCCUCGGAAAGAGCCGACACCCAAUGACGAUGAAGAACCGCAGCGAGACGAAGAAACCCCGCGGGAUGAGGAAAGAAUAGAUGGAGUGGAAACAUCGCGGAAACCUCGUAAAAGGCGCCCUCGUCCAAAACAAGGAGAAGAUCCUUCAAGUGAGAAGCCUUCGGAUCUUCGAAGGAAGUCUGUCCAGGAAAGGGCACGGAUCUUCCCACCAAAGGAAAUCCCUCAGGAACAUGCUGAACUUGAUCCACUUGAUAAGUUACGGAACCCCACCACUAUACAUGUACCUGUCAAGUCCAAUCACCCUAGGGUCAUACCCGAUGAGAAUGCUAGACUCAGUCCUAUGGACAAGCUAAGAACACACUAUCCAGAUGAACCACAAAAGCCAGACUCCUUUCUUGAUUCUGGGCUAUUCCCAGAAACUAAGGGCGGCUUUGAAGCCGCUUAUAAAAAGCAACGCUACCUGGUCGACUGGCUCCGGGAAUUAGACCCCGAUCUUGUCGUCUAUGCUGCCGCCCUUGCCGAGAAUGGGUACAAGACGUGGAACACGAUUCGUCGACUGAAGCGAGGCACGCUUCUCGAGCUCUGCCCGGACAUUAAGCACGGUCACAUCGAGGCAAUCCUCCAUGAGGUUAACCGUGGGCAAACUCCCCGUUCUAAGAAGCCUCCGACAAGGCCUCAGGUGAGGUCUCCGGAUAGUUUAUCAGAGCAGGAAUUAGACAUCGCAGACAUUGAAUCAUCUAAAACCAGGCCAGCCCCUAUUAGAAGGAGAGAGAAACAGAGAAGACUCGAAGAUAUCAGUCCUAGGAAUGGGAGAUACUCAGAAAGCCCACCUGGAAACAGCUUUGUUGAUUUCUUGGUCAAUGUCUCUAAAGAAUCUGAAAUGUACAAGAAAGCUCAGCGGUUACAGAAUAAGCUUCAGCGUGAUGGGCAUAUGCAGGAUGAUGCUGACUUUCCGAGCACGUCAGAGAGAAGUUCCUCGCCCCCAGUACCUGCCGUAUCAACCAAGGAACGUGGUGGACCCAAGGAUGAUACCAACGUGAUGGGGGCACUGUCCGCUAUGAGGGUUCAAUUGGCUUACGAACAGCAAAGGGUACAGAGCCAACUAGACAAGCAUAGAGAUUAUGACCCAUACAAUCCGUUGCCAAAGGCAGCUCACGCUCCCCGUAGAGGGAGCCCUCAGGUUGAUGUCUUUGAGUUGGCCAGACACAAGGGGAGUGUAGCCGUUAUGAGAAACGCGACGCAUCAAGCGGCAGAAGACUUUGAUGGGCUGAAAAACAGAAGUGGCUCACGAACGAGACAAAAAGUGAAGGAGAGUUAUCCUCACAAACCCAACUCGGAUGUCACCCUUGAGGCUCAACAGAGGGCGCUGUUGAGAGCACAGCAAGAGAAAUUAGAAGCAAUGCGGAAAGUCUAUCAUGCAUAUUUUCGUUCAGAGGAUAAUAUGAAUAUCAACAAUGAGUAUAAAAGUCCUGAACUUACCGCUCGGCAACCUCAACGAAGAAAGGCAACCACUAAAGAUAUUCCAAGAAUCUCAGAUAUUGGAAGAGGAUCCCCUGCCAUCCCUCUUGACUCGGAUAGCGCUUUCAUCGGUAUAGACAGCGGAGAGGCUCAGAUGCCCAAGACGGCAUCUCGUCCUACACGCAGCAGUGCAGUGCCCUCGCCUGUUGAUAGGCAGCCCAGGAAGACCGGACGAUCAGUGUCUCGCCUGGACAGCGAUGAUCUUGAUAAAAUCAUAGCCAAGAGCCAGGCCAGAAGUGAUGCCAUAGAGACACUACAUGAUCAUGACAGUGAUCCAGAUGAUAUUCUGAAUAAAUUCCUCUCAAAGAAAUCCUAUGACAGUGGAGAGACUCGUUUUGCCGUUCUCCAGCAUGAGAAGUCUUAGUAUCAGCAAUACAAUUCGGCCACCAUCUGGUAAGAGCGAAGACCUGAGCUUGUGGUUAAAGCCUUCUCUUGGACAGACGUGAUAACGAGAUUGAAGAUGAUAUGCUUCUAGAGGGCUUCAGCGAUGUAAAAUCUCCUUAUGUUCUUGUACGUACAUAGGACUGUGCUACAUACAGGUGCAUACUCUCAAUCUGGUAAACUGAUAAACCUGUUACCUACUGAAAGCAGGUGGCAGCUUUUUUAAAGCCUAAUACGGCUUAGUCUAGUCACAACAAACCAACACCCUGAAAACUGUCUUUUGCACAAAGUUCGGAACCUGUACCCAAAAGCAGGAAUUCAAGAGAUGAAUGACAAUUGUGUAGUCUUUGAAUUUGGCUUUCUGAUAGCCAAUUUAAAAUUCAUUAAAAAAAUUGUAGUAAUUUUUUUUUUUUUACUGGAAAUGUCCUUCCUUGAUUCAUAUGGAAUAUGUUGGCUAAAUAUUCAAUGUUAAAUAUUACCCAAAAAUUAUUGUACAGUAUAUAAGAAAAUAAAGAAUCACUGUUUAUUUUCAUACUGUGACUACAUGUAUUUCAUACUAAAUGUAAAUCCAUGUAUGUGUAACUUGAGAGAUCGAUAGCUUGAGAACAAUGCAUAUUUGAGAAUUUGAAAAUUAUGAGCAUGUUAUUCUUUGUCACUGUUUAAGGAUGAAAUUCUAACCUUUAAUCCCUUUUCCAGUAGACGGCACAUUAAAUUUUUCCAGGUCAACUGUAUCAGCUUGAUGUGUGCUUGUGAAUACAAUUUUCAUGGAAAUGCAGCUUCUUUCAUACAUGCUUUGGAUUAAUUUUUGUCAGUCAUCAUGAUCCAUUACACUAUAGAGUUCAUAUAUCAUGUCGGACAGUUGCUCGCUUGUGAUACGUCACAAUAUCAUACCUUCAUUACUCGGUAUCCCUGAGAUAUUCGCUAAUCUGUUUCUUUUAUUAUUACUCCGAUUAAAACCAACUUAAUGCCAGGGUGAAUUUCCGAUUUAUGGUCGUUUGACUUUGAUUUCACAUAUUGGUGCAUGUUUGUUUUGCUCUUUUUGGUUUCAAUUUUCACAUCUCCUUUACUUUUACUUUUUUUUUCUUUUUUUUUACUCUAGAGAAUCUCAAAUACUUGCCCUUUCAUCUCUUUUGAAGAGAUUCCAGGAUGAAUGAUAUUAUUAUUACUUUUCUAAUAUGGUGCCACAAAGCUCGCCGACAAAUUUGUGUAAAUCUCAAACGGGAUAUGGGGCACAAGAAAAAAAUUGCAGAGGAAAGCCAUUACAUGAAUUUUUAAUCAGCAUAUCAACAAUCUUCCCUAAAAAGAAAAUCGACUCAAAAUAUUUUUUUCCAGAGUUGCUCAUCAUACUGUAAUCAUGAUAAUGUUGUGAGUUUGUUCACCAUUGGUCACUUUAGGAGACUUGUAGCAUAUUAUUACUAAAAGAUGAUAAAAACACACUUUUUUAAAGUGUGAUUAUAGAUAUAAGCAUAAAUAAUCCAAUAUGUCUCUUUGUUUGUGAGCACUAUUACUGAGUUCAGUAGAGCUGGGGUUUUGGAUUCUGGAAACCCGGUUUUGAUUCCCACUUGGUGAGCUAGUACAUCUACCCUUUGCUGAGGCCAGUAUUUAUCCUUACUACAAGGUCCCUCAGAGAGGACCUUUAAGCUGUUGAUCCUCAAGUCGCUUGCUUACAAACAUUCAUGCUGUCUUUAGCAAUCAGGUAAAAAAUUACCACCAAUAUGGGAAGUGUUGCUGAGCUUUGCGGCACCAUGUCAGAACAAAGUUUUUAAUCAUGGUCAGUGGUAGAAGUAGUAGUAGUAGUAGUAGUAGUAGAAGUAGUAGUAGCAGCAACUGUAGGAGCUGCAAUAGUAGCAUGAAUAGUAUAUUUAUCUGAUGGUAACUUGCUCCUGAUAUUAUGUGUAAAUAGAAGUAAACAAGUCUGUUUUCAUAUUGUAUGUAUCAUGUCAUAUAGAUGUGCUGGUAUAGAUGAAUAUUAUGUUCAUAUAUUGUAUAAAAUGUAUUAUCAUAGGCUAUUUAUCUUAAAACAUGUAUAUACAUGUAAAUAUGAAUAUAGGAGUCACAGUUCUGUUAUACAAGCUUGUUUAGUGUGUGUACGUGGAAACAUUUAAUGUACAUUAUUUAGACAAUGUAAACAUACAUUACGUGUACAUGUGUACAUCAUUGUGAUCAGUUUGAUGUGUGUGUAUGGGAUAGCAGAUAUUAGGUGAUUUCAGGUUUGGUGUAUUUAUUCAUGUUGGUGUUAGUAGGUGUUGGUGUUGAAAAUUUAACUCAGACUGCCUAAUCCAGUCCUAACACUGAAUAUGGGUGUACAAAAUGAUACCAUGCACAUCAUUAACACCUCAAUACCUCGCUAAGUCCUUCCUAGGUCCAUGCUAACACCAAUAUCAUUUUAAGUCUAGUGCUGUGAAUUGAUUUAAACCUCAGUCUAAUGCUUACAUCUGUCAAUACUGAACUUGAAAUCUCCUAUUGUGCUGUCAGAAACCUUUUAUAUUUGUUUGCUUAAGCAUUCCAAUCACCUUGAAUUUAUUGCCUAAUUAUGUCUUCAUCCUUUAAUUUUCCAUUUCCAUUCUAUUUACAUGUACAUGUAUGUGUGUAUUGAUAUGUAUUUAUUUAGAUAUGCAAAUUCAGUGACUUUAUUUAAUUUUCAGUGAAUAAAAUGCCGAGAUACAUUUUA